UAGCGAAAAAAGGAAAAUAGAUAAACAUAUAAAACUAAAGUCCUCAUUUAGCGGCCUUUCCUGUUUUCUGUUACAUCCAUUUGUCCCGAGAAAGAAAUUAAGAAAAAAAAAAAACCAUAGCCUAAUUCAAGAACAAACACAAAAACACAAAAGAAGAAGAAGAACGAAAAAAGGGACACGAUCUCUAGGUCUUGUUCAUCCGUGUUUCAGAUCUAGUGGUCGGGAAUUCGAAUGGAUCAAAGAACAGGUGAUCCAAGAAUAUACAUCGUCACUCUUCUCUUUCUUUCAUGUAUCAUCACAGGAGGAGUCCUUCUCGGGGUUUACCUCCUCCAACACGAUGCAAAUCCUCUGUUUCUAGAAGCGGGUAUGCUCUUCGUUGGCAUCCCUUGGUUCUUCUGGUUCUUGGCUUACCUCUACUCCUGCCUCCUCAAGCCUUGCAUCGUCUCCCUAAGCCAAAGAGUUUCUAGAUUCGAUCCGGAGAAAGGAGGGGAGCAGGAGGAGGAGGAGAAGAACAAUAAAAGCAUCACGGAGAUCGCCAUGUCAGCUUCAGAACCCGUGGCUGCGGUGGAGCCGCCGAGGGAUGGUGAGAAGCACGUGCAGUUCGGGAAUGUUGUGGUUCUUGGAGAUGAAGGAAGAGGAGGAAAAGCAGCAGAGGAGGAGGAUGUAAAUGAGAGAAGUACUAAUAAACUGAUUCCGGAUCAUAUGAGGAUGGGAGACGAAGAUAAUCAAGAACAUAGUGGCGGUGAUACGGAUUGCGAUAGAACUCCUUUGAGAUUAUCCGUGGGGAACAAAUGAUCAUGGAAUUGUCUUUUUUUUUCGGGUUGUAAACACAGAGAGGAAAGGCUUUGGAAACAAAAAAAGCUAGCCCUAAUAGACGUGUGAGACAAGGAACAACGUUUAUUUGAGUAUGAACAAAAAUGAAAGUUCGUCCA